CCUCAUUUGCUUCCCCCGCACAGCACAGCGCCUUCUUCCCAAAAGCAGCUCCAUCCAAACCCAAUCAGCCCCACCCCCACCAACCCCUCCCCCUCAAUUAUAAGCCCAAAGAAGAAGCAGGCUGCGUGAUCCAAACAAGGGAAGUUGGGAGGUUCUGGAUUUCAAGAAAGAGACCAUCUUUCUGCUUCUGCUGCUGCUGCUGCUGUCCGGGGUGUUGGUGGUGGUUGAGUUUCAGGCGAGAGCAUCGGAAUCGGAAGAGCUUUCUGAGGAGGAGCCAAUAAUGGCCGGCAAGGAAAUCUACCACAAGAUGAAGGAUAAGGUGAAAGAUGCUUUUAGUUCGUCAGGACCAGAAACAGGGAAAGGAAAAACAAAAUUGUCAGGCAGACGUGUCAAGCAUGGUUACCAUCUUGUGAAGGGAAAAUCAAAUCAUCCGAUGGAGGACUAUCUAGUGGCAGAGUACAGGCAAGUUGGAGAACAUGAUUUGGGAUUGUUUGCAAUAUUUGAUGGCCAUUUGGGUCACACUGUUCCAGACUUCCUGCGCUCACAUCUCUUUGAUAAUAUCUUGAAGCAGCCAGAAUUCUUGAGCAAUCCAAGAGCUGCAAUCCGAAAUGCAUAUCAACUUACGGAUGCAAAAAUAUUGGAAAAUGCUGCUGAGUUGGGCAGAGGAGGCUCCACUGCUGUUACUGCCAUCUUAAUAAGUAGCGAAAAUUCUGUGAAUCUAGUAGUUGCAAAUGUUGGAGAUUCACGAGCAGUUGUUAGCAAGAAUGGUGUGGCAAAACAACUUUCGGUUGAUCAUGAGCCAAACAAGGAGCGGCGUUCAAUCGAGAAAAAAGGUGGAUUCGUUUCAAACCUACCAGGAGAUGUACCACGUGUUGAUGGGCAGCUUGCGGUUGCAAGGGCAUUUGGAGACCGGAGCCUGAAGAAGCACCUCAGCUCAGAGCCAGAUGUGGUGGAGGAACCAAUAGAUGAGAACACUGAAUUUCUAAUUCUUGCAAGUGAUGGAUUAUGGAAGGUGAUGUCGAAUCAAGAGGCAGUGGAGGAAAUCAAGGACUUGAAGGAUGCUCAGGCAGCUGCGAAGCAUCUGACGGAGCAGGCCGUGAACAGGAAGAGCAAAGAUGACAUCUCCUGCAUCGUUGUAAAAUUCGAGAGUUAGAUCCACAAGUGUACAAUUGGUGCCAUGGGGUGUGGUUUUAGUGUUUCGUGUUAACUCCUGUUGUCGGAUAUUCUGCUUAAUCUUUUCUUACCGGGAAUAAAAAUCCGCAAAGGGGAUUCGAAGGCUUGUCGAACACUGCUGAUUGUUCAAUUAAACAUGUCCAUAUGUUAUUAUUCA